AUGGGAGAGCAACUGUUAAACAACAGCAUCCUUGAUCAAUUUAUUAAUAGCCAUGAGCAGUCAUACGAAGAGUUUCUAAAUACAUUCACUUAUCUUUUGAAAGAGGAAGAGGGGAAGACAAUUCAAGGAAGUAAAGUAGACUCCCUAAGAAAAAAAUUUUCUCUUUCUGAAUUAUCACACAGAAAUAAACAACAUGGCUCACCUGGAAGAAGCAAAGAAAUGUGGAUGUCUCCUCCACCACAGAUACCAAAUGAGAAUGAGAUAGUGAUGAAUGAGAGCUGGAAAGCUGAUGGCUCUGAUGGAAAUGAUUUCAGUCUGUCUGAAAGAGUAAAGGUGGAGAAGUACUUAGAUUUGGAAGAUGCAGACACAGAUGAAGAGACAUGCAGCGCAGGGGCGUUAGUUCUCCCAGGAGAGGUGGAACAGACAGUGACUUACUGUACAUCCUUUGUUGAUAAGCCUAUUCAACUGAAGCCCAGAACUUUGUCAGUUCCACAGCCAUUGGACAGCAAAGCCCAAGAGCUACUAGGGGAUGAUGUUCAACUGUUCUCUCUUGAUGAAGAAUUUGAUUAUGACAAUGUGGCACUGACCCCUAAGUUCUCUGAAGCUGAGCUGAAGGCCAUUAUAGAAUUGUCUGAAGAGAAGAAAACGGGGACAGAUGUCAAGUCAGCAUGA